AUGUCGUCGGACUUUGGUAAUCCUCUAAGAAAAUUCAAGUUGGUCUUUUUAGGUGAACAGAGCGGUAAGUUUGCAGUAGUGUCAACUUACUCAUGGAGAUCGUAAAUUUCAGGGUGUUCGAAAAGUCAGCUGUGAAAAGUGUACUUUUUAGCAUAAUUAAGUGCCUGCCCAGAUUGUGUUUUGAACUCUCGGGCUAAAUAGAAGUGAUAUGGUUUGCUUUUCAGUGGGAAAGACUUCUCUUAUAACAAGGUUCAUGUAUGACAGCUUUGACAACACCUAUCAAGUAAGUGUGAGAAAUCGAUCGGUCUUCUACAAAUUUGCAGCCGGCGUUUGAUGUUUCUGACAUCGAUCGCUGGCUUCAAGUCUGUUUAUAAUCAGUACAAAGCUUGCAUUUUUUCAGAAUAGUAUUAGGUAUUGUCUUUCAGAUAUUCUGCAUUCUAACCCUAACGGUCAAUAUUGCCUUUGGAAUUGAUAGAUUAUUGGAUCGACAAUUUUAUUUAAUACGAAAAUUGAGUUAAAAUGCAGCUGUAUCACCAGAUCAUGUAGAAGGUUUGGUUCAGUUGAUACAAUACUAUUUUUUUUCAUGAGAAUUUAUUAGAGUAAUGCUCUAAAGUAAACAUCCAUUUAUUGAAUUCUGGUAAUUUCUCAUGGAAGUUUCACAAAUUAAACUUUGCAAAUUGCAGAAAUUUGACAACUCUAAAAGGAAAUAAAAAUGACAUAGAUUAGAUGCAAAUAAGUGGUGAUGUAAGAGAUGAUAAUAUAGGCUGGUGAACAUUAUGCAAAAAUCAUUUCUGCUGUACUUUCAAUUUAGCUACCUAUAUUGGCACCAAAUCCUAAAGAGCUGACAUCUUGUUACUAUAAUUAUAUAAGUAUGUGUAAUCAAAUGGUGACGAGUGAAUUAAUUAGGGAAUAAUUUCACUUGCGUUUUGUCCAAAUCCUAAUAAUUUCCCGAGCCUUCAGGCGAGGGAAAUUAUUAGGAUUUAUUACAUCUUCAUUCACGGCUUUUUAAAACUUUGUCGCCAUCUUGACACUGAGACGUACGGAAGGGUUGCCAUGGCAAUUUUGUAAUUUCACAUGUGAAAUUACAAAUUACCGCUGAAAUUUUGCGCCAAAAUUAAGGGGUAAUUCGUCACCUAUGAUAUUACAUAGAUAACUUCACUAUGAUGUCAAUUUUACAUCAUAAAUAAGUUCUUUGUUGGUAGUAUUAUUAGCAGCCUUUUCCUUCCCAGAAACUUGUGAAUGAAAGGGUUAAAGGGAUGUUUGUGAUAAAUUGUUGUUUUUUCCUUUGUCCUCUUUUUCAAAAGCAACAAAAUAUAUUUCUCCCUCUUGUAGCAGUUCUUGUCAAAGCACCACAUUUUGCCACUAUACAUUAUCAGUGUUGUUAACUCUAUUUUGUACACAAAAUGAGCUUUUUGUGGGGAUAAGACUGAUAAGUAUAAAGAAAAAAGGCAAAUCCCUUAUAUUUAUCACUAUCUUAUCCCUUUGUCUCUUAAAAGACUGCAAGCAGACGCUUGUUUUUCUUCAAAGUUACUGGGGUUUGACACUUCUGCAAUCUACAAGAAAUAAUGUUGUGAACCCAGGAGGAAAAAGAAGAGACUGCUUCAAAAGCCAGGGUGAAUGAAUUAUGUUUUCCGUGCACAAUGAGAAGCUACAAUAUUGGUUAUGCCUAUAGCAUUAUCAAAAUAGUCUAGAUUUCAAAUUUGUACCCAAAAAUUAUUUGACAAUAAAAGGUGAUUCAUUCCAGCUUUGGUAGUAGUCUCUCUCUUUUCUUUUUUUCCUGUCUCUAGUUGUACAUGUGACAAUUUUCUUCUAUUGCGCAUUUCGCAUAAAGGGAUGUUGCUUGAAGUCUAGUCUCUUAGUAAUGUGCUGACUGGCAGUUAAAAAAAGUAAGGGUUCUAUGGACAUAAAUAUGUUGAAAUUCCAAAGUUUUACUGGUCCUUUAUUUCAAAUUAAUAAUCUCAAACCUCUUUCAAGGCUUUGCUCUAAGGAAAAUUGAAAGCAGCCCAGUGCUCUGUGUAAUCCAGGGUGCCUAGCAUAUGUUUUAUAUUUUAAAAAAGUAAGAUUUUCUAGUCACCUGGAGGCAACCCAGGAGCAAUCAUUAGGUGCCAGGGGCCCCUGGGUGCUGUUAGAGCAUAGCCUUGACUAAGUAAUAAUCAUUGGUUAUUACUAUUUAUUUUCUAUGUUUGUGCUAAUUAUUGCAACCCUCUUUUCAGGCCACUAUUGGAAUAGACUUUCUGUCAAAAACAAUGUACUUAGAAGACAGAACGGUAGGCUUGUUAAAUUACUUAUUACUCUAUAAAAUAGGCAGGACAAGGUUAUGAGUUAUUUUAAUUUAAAAACUGGGUGGUUCUAGUAGUAGAUUCUGUUAACCAAGGUGCUUCUUAAGGAUAGUUGAUGAUUUUUAUAGUCAUAAUGAUUUUACUACUGGAAAAGGUGACAGUCACUGAUUAGAGUUGGCAUUUACUUACAGUACCUUAUAAUAUUGCCUUUUGCAUUAUGAGCCUCCUACAUGUAUAACACUCAAGCCUGUUGAAUUUAGUUGUUUUUUUCUUGUUUGUUCAGGUUCGAUUGCAACUUUGGGACACAGCUGGUCAGGAAAGAUUUAGAAGCUUAAUACCGAGCUACAUACGAGACUCAAGUGUGGCUGUUGUAGUUUAUGACAUAACAAGUAAAUAUGUUAGAUAGUUUUACUUUGUAAUGUAGUUGUUAAAUUUUGCUUGACUCAUCUGCCUUGCUGUAGAGUCUUUUCACAUGACAUCAUGGCAGUGUUCUCGUUAUCAGGUGGUAACCAGUAAAAUUUAUUGCCUGAAGCAACUUGAAGGUUUACUAAAAUUAAAGAAGUAGUGUUAAAAAAAAACAAGUUGUGAUCCGAUCCGAUUCUCACAUGCCACAGCUUUUCUUUUUUAUGGCCACCCAUUUUGGAAAGAGAACAUUGUAACAGAACAGAGUAGAAUUAUUGGAAUCAACCGUUUCUAAAUUGUUGUGUAAAGGUAACAACGGCCAAUUUACUUAAAAAAAGGUCUUAAAAUGACGGAAGGGCAUUUCAGAGAACUUAGCUCAUAAAUUUCCCAGCAAGGGUGGGGCCAUGUCCUGCACUUCACUACCCCCCUGCCCUCAGGAAAGUGCACCUUUGGUACCUUUACCUUAGUGGCUAUGAAUGGUUCGUAACCUGCUGAGGUAAAAGUUAGGGAGAACACAGCACGGCGACCAUAUUGGUGUCCCAAAACAAUGAAACGGUGGCCAUGUUGGUGUACCGAACCAGUCCCAGUUUUCUCCUUAUCAGGUGGUAACCAGUAAAAUUUACUGUCUGAAGCAACACUUCUUACUGCCUGCAACCGCUUGAAAGUUUACUAAAAUUAAAUAAGUUGUUUUAUAAAAUACGCAAGUUGUGAUCCAAUCCGAUCAAGGUAAUGAAUGAAUAUAUAAAAAUGUACUAAAGUAUGCACAGCUUUUCAUUUUAUGGGCCACACAUCUUGGAAAGAGAGCAUUAUUGAAGACAUUAUUGAAAUCAAAUGUUUUAUAUUGUUGUCUAAAGAUAACAGCGGCUGAUUUGCAUAAAAUAGGUCUUAAAAUGAGGGAAUGACAUUUCAGAGAACUUAGCUCCUAAAUUUCACAGUGAGGUCAAAGCCAUGUCCCUCACUCCACUAACCCGGGGCUAGUGGAUUUUGCUAUCGGGCUAGUGAAUUCUGUUUUUAACUUGCCCGAUGGGCAAGUGAUAUUUCUUUAGGAAUUCAAAUAACAGAAGAACUGUAGUCAAUCCUGCUGAUCAAUUUUGUUUGGCACUAGUUGAAAUGACUUUCGGGCUAGUACAUGCUAGUUAUAGCUUGCCCAAAUGGCAAGCUGUAAAACUGACUUUCUUUGCACCCUGCGUAAAAAAAAAUUGCUUUGAGCUUUAAACAGCUUCUCUCAACUAAUGUUUGAAGGAAAUGUAUGGAGAUCAGUCUCCAGAGUUUUAUGUUGAUAUGGGGGCAUAACAUGUAUAUGACACAAUUUUUCUCUUUGUAGGUUUUCGUUCUACAAUAUGUGUAAAAUAUCUAUCCAAAAUUUAAACUCCUCAAUAAUCUUGCCAAACCUUUUUUUUUUUUUUUUAAACAUAUGAAUUUGCCUUAAAAAAAAUUUCCACCCUAUCAUGCAACAAAACUGACAAGUGUGAGGUAGCAAGAAGGUGCAGAAGCAAAGGCUGAGUAAACGAACUGACUUCACAUGAUGUCAUCAGCCUUUCUUUCAUCCUUUACUCAUUCCCAGUCUUUUGGAUAUUUCCAAAGGGAAAAAAAAACAGACUGUGGAUGGCCCAAAUUCAAGGAACAAUGUGACAACCAUUCAGCCAGGUGCCUCCUCUAAUAAUUUCAAAAGGCUCGACUGAAAAUUAAGAUCAUUAUACGUUUCUGGGAAACUGCGCACCUACCUCACCACUAAGCCAACAUUUUGCCUUAAGUGAGAAGUAAGUGUUUAUAUAAUUGGCUUAGGGGAGGGGUAGGUGGGCAGUUUCAUAUAAACAUAUAAUGAUCCUCUCUAUGAACAGUUUUGGUCAUUUAUUUCUAGAUUAUAACUCCUUUCAGCAAACAGCAAAAUGGAUUGAUGAUGUGAGAACAGAAAGAGGAAGCGAUGUUAUUAUUAUGUUGGUUGGAAAUAAGACGGAUCUCUCAGACAAAAGGUCAGGUAACUUCCAUUUUUUGUUUUAUCUUUGUUUUAUUGUCAGUCAUAAUUUCAUAGUAAAAAACAAAAUAACUAACAUUAUUAUAAUUUUAGAGAGGCUACUCUGUAAACUGUAAUUUUGCUACUUUUUUUUCUAGUUUUUUACAAUUUUUGUAAUCUUUCCUUUGUAUGUAAAUAUGAAAUAAAGUGUUGUUGUAAAAAAAAAAAAACAUUAUUUAGAGAGUGUGCCAAUUAACAGUUUCAAGAACUUACAAUAUACAAAACUGUGGUCCACCGCAUACCCCAAACUACUAUUUGGAGACACUUUGCAGUAAAAUACCGUAAAAUCCCACAUUAAAGCCGUGGGCUUACAUAACUUCAUAAGGGGUUUUGGGUGGGCUUAUAAAUGGGGGCUUUCAUCCAGAGGGACUUAAAACCAGGGGACUUGAACAUGGGAUUUUAUGGUAUUUGACUGUUGAAUGUUGUUUUUGGAGAAAGAGGAAAUCGGUAGUAUUCAGAGAGAAACCGCUGGCAUUGAUGCCAGGACUUGAAAUCAGGGUACAUUGGAGGAAAGCUGGUGCUCUCACUGCUGGACCAGUCCUAGCCUGAGAAAACAGCCAACAUUUUGCGACCCUACCACUGAAAAUUGGCUUCAACCAGUCAGAAGCACUACCCAGAUCUGGGUAGUGACCCGUCAUCAGUAUGGAAUUUCUGCUGUCAUUCAGACGUCAUUUUGUGGGGAAAGCAAAGGUGGCAUCGGGAAAUGUUGGCAGUUUCCCAGGCUGGGCCAAACCUGCUCAGCUCCUUAAUUCUUUAAAAAUAAUGAAACGGCUUGACAUUAAGUGUAAUCAAAAAGGGUUUCCCAAUUUUUCUUAAUUCAGACAAGUAACAACAGAAGAAGGAGAAAGAAAAGCAAAAGAAUUGAAUGUCAUGUUUAUAGAAACAAGCGCCAAGGCAGGAUACAAUGUAAAACAGGUACAAAACAGAAAAAUUGUUCUUUAAUCUAGUGUGAAUGUACUGUUUACCUAAGAUGUAGUUAGUAGAGUUGUUUUCCAGUGCAGAAAUUUAAUGCUGCAGAACCUAGGAUCCUGCUUAGGAUGGAUGCCUUUGGGUAUAAUUUAGGGAAGGGAACAACAAGCUUCCCCUUUGCACUAGCCGCUUUAACAUUUUGCUUCCCAGCCCAUUGUUUGCUUGUCUUAGUCAGGGCUGUCAAUAAGGGCUGGUAGCAGACCAAAACUGCUGGCUAGUUAGCCAUCCUUAGCUGGCUACUUUCAUCUUCUUCUACCAUAACUGCUAACAAAAAAUAAGCACCGUCAAAUAAAAUAUUAUUAUAAAGCAUCUGUUUCUCAGAUUUGAAUGACAUUGAAUGCAUAUUGAAACAGGUUUAGAUCUGUGGAACGUUCGAACCAUACAAUGUUGUGGAACGCCUGGGACGUUUCAACAGCAUUGUUCCCAGUUUUGCCUGUAUUCUGACAAAACAACAUGUGUCCGUAGUGGAAAAUACCUCUUGAAAACCCCUGGAAACGCCAUUUCCGAGACUCUAAUUUUUAAAAUGGCCCUAGAUAUCGUGGCCCUCAAGAACUUGUAACUUUGGUGCAAGUUCCAAAGCCGCCUACUACUCAUUAUCAGCCUGCUACUUAAAAACGUUUUGACAGCCCUGCUUAGUUUAAAAUCUUACAUGUAGUUAAAAGAUGACUCGCCUAGAGAAGUUUUUGUGCAGCAAGAAAAUCUGUAUGUACUUGUCCCAGAUGACCAUACAAGACUUUAUUCGAACCUUGGAGGGAAAGGGUAGGUUUAGGGGUGGGCCGAGAGGGCCGCGGCCAUCCCUUUUCUUUUUGAAAUUUUGUAUUAUUAUUAGAGAAUUCUCAGAAAAAUAAAAAGAAUCUAUAUAGCUGGUAAGUGGGCAAGUGUCUCGGCCACCCCUUUCGGAAUUUUUUGGAUCUGCCCUUGGAGGGGAAAAGGCAACUGAGCACAACAUUGCUGUGGGACAAUUUGCCCCUUUAAUGUUAUAUUAUUAUUUCAUUUCUUAUUUGGUUUAUUUUUGAGGUUCUUUGGCUUGGUAAGCCUGUCUGUUCACUGUCAGUUCAGAUUUUUGCAUGUUAUUAGAACAUUCAGUGUGUUAUUUUGUGCUUUUAUUAAUAGCUCUUCAGAAGAGUUGCUGCAGCAUUACCUGGAAUGGAAAGCAAUGCACCAGACAAACACAAAGAUGACCUCAUAGAAGUCAAACUAAAAGAUACACCACAGGAACCCCAACAACCAAGUGGAGGCUGUGGUUGUUGA